CACUGUAACAACAAUCUACUUUUAUUAAGUUUCAUUCUUGCUGAAGCGAUUCAAAAUCAAUAUUCGUCUCUCUAUAUUGUUGCUUAAUUGACCGAAUUGAUAAUGUUCAAAGCACUAAAGGAAAAAGUAUCGAAUGAAUAUGAAAAAGCCAAAGUGAAUAUACAAUCACAGGCAUUGAAUUUGGUUAAUAAUGGAACCAUCAAUACAGUUACAGAUAAAUUGAGCGAUUUCAAAUCUAUAACUGAAACAACAUCAUCCACAUCAUUGUCGUCGGCACUACAACAGCAAGAAAGUGUUUCGUCUCAAACACCGACUAUGACGCAUUCGAAAACAUUUGAUAAUAGUAGUGGUAGUGGCCAGAAAUUGAACGAUAAUCCCGAAUUCAGUCUAGUCGAUCUUGAUGAUGAUCAAAAUGAUAAAUUAAAACCAUUACAAUCCUCAUCAUCAACAACACCAACAACGUCGUCGACAAUGAAGCAAACCACCGAUUCGAACAGUGACAAUGAAUCGAAUUCAUUUUUCAAAACGAAAUUCUCUAAUUUUGUCAGUAAUUUAUCGCAAAAUUUUUCCAUUCCACAAUCAGAUAGUGAAUAUGAAUCUGAAUCGAGUGUCCGUAAUAUGGAUAAUAUUAGUAAAGAACAGUUGAUUGAUCUAUGUGUUCGCUAUAAAGACCGUAGCCGUAAAUAUCGUGAACGUUGGACCGAAGUUGUGAAAGCAUAUAGAGAAACUGUUGAAGAAAAAGAUAAACUAAAAACAGUGCUUACCGAAACACAGGAUAAAGCAAUUCGGCGUAUGAACGAAUUGAAAGAACAAUGUUCACUGGAGCAGGAAGCAAAACGGCAUUUGGAAGAAAAUCUGCGCGUUGUGAUUGAAGAAAAAGAAGAACAGAUUAAAGUUUUGCAACAACAAUUCGAAGUAUUAAAUGUUGAAAAGAAUUCUCAAUCGGCUGGCGAUAAUGAUCAACAGGAUGAUCGACAGGAAUUACUAGCACGAAUCGAACGACAAGAAUCAUUGCUUGCCAAAUGUAAUGAAUCAUUGAAAUCGAAUAAAGCAAAAUUGGAUUCGGUUAUGAAAGAAAAUGAAUCACUCUUAAUGUCGAAACAAGAAGUGGCAAAAUUGCGAGAAGAAAUUGAGCAGCUACGUCGUCUAAAAGAUUCGGCAAGUGAAUCAUUCACAGAAGCUAAACAACGUCUGCACGAUGAAUUGGAAUCGAGGAAAAUCAUCAUCAAAGAGCUUAAAGAUCAACUGGAAAAACGAACCGCAGAAUCAAAACACAGACUAGUGGAAUUGAAAGCAAAAAACGAAACGAUCAAAGGAUUACAGGAAAAAUUGGCUAAGGAUGAACGAGAACGAUCAAAAUGUGUUGAUAAAAAUAUGGAAGAAUUGGAGCAAAUACGAAAAGAACUGAUUAUGUUACGUGAUGAAAAUAAAACGCUCAAAACAACAUCGAAUGAUGUUCAACAAAUGGAAUGUCGUUUGAAAGCAGCCCAAGAAGAAUUGAUUCAGUUAACGGAAAUGACUACCAAACAACGGCAAUCACUUGAACAACAAUUGGCUGAAAGGGAAGUUCAAUUGCAAAAUUCUCUCGAUCAAAUCGAUACUUUACAGAAAAAGGUUGAUGAUAUUGAUCGAACUGAACAAGAGCUUAGAAUUGCUUGUGAAAAGAAAUCCCAGUUGGAAACUGAUAAUCAACAAUUAUUGAUACAAUUGCAAAGUUUAGAGCAACAAAUGGUGGAAUUUCAAUCGAAAUCAAUCGAUCUUCAAUCAGGUGAUGUUCAACAACAGUACGAAGAAUUGAAUCAACUAAAAGCACAACUUGAACAACAAUCACAAGAAAUCAAUAGGAUUAAUGGAUUAAUUUCGGAAAAAGACGUUGAAAUUGAUUCGCUAAAAACAAAACUGAAUCAUUUUAUCAAUGAAAAUGAUCAGCUUAAAAAAGAAAACAAUGAAAAACAGCAAACUAUUCAGCAAUUGGAUUCAAAUCUAGAUAAAAAGACAAAAGCCACAGAAGUUACUAAAAAAUUGAUACAAAAACUGCGCAACGAUAUCGAAUCUCUACAGCAAACGAUUAAUUUAUUACAGCAAAAAAAUGAACAAAUUAAUCAGGAUAAUACUUUGCUUCGCGAUCAUUCGCUAAAAUUGAAAAAUCAAUUUUUCAAACUUUUACAAUCCCAUUUCAACGAUAUGAAUAUCGAAGAAACGACAACCAUUGAUGAACUUUUAAUGCAUUUCGAAUCCGGUUGCCGUCAAAUUAUUGAAGAGAAUAAUAAUCUCAAAUUGAAAAUUGAUCAACUAUCCACUGAAAGUGAUUCACAAAAUCUUGAUCUCCGAAAGCAAGUUGAAACAUUGUUAUCGGAACGGAAAAAUCUUGAAGAUGAAUGCAGUCGAUUGCAAAAUAUUCAAACGGAAUUGAAUGAUAUAAGAAAAACAGCCGAACAACGUCGGGAACAAAUCGAUGAAUUGCGAAUACGGGAAUCACAAUGGAAUAAUGAAGCGGCGAAACUUCGAAAUGAUCUUAAAGAUCAGAAAAAGGAACUAAAAGCCAAGACAAAUCAAUUACAAGAACAAUGUCAAUUUCUAAUACAAAUACAGGAUAAUUUGGCCAAAAAAGAACAAGAAAUCGAAGCAAUGAAAGUGGAAUUAGAUAAUGUACGAUCCAACAGCAAUAACAAUACGGAAGAAAUCGAUAAACAACUCAAAUCACAACGUCAACAAAAUGAACAAUUAGUCGGGGAAUUGGCCGAAAUGAGAGCACAAAAUGCAUCGUAUCUGGAAGAAAUUUCCAAAAUUAAAUCGAACGCUAAAGAUAUUCUGGAAUCAAAACAAAAACUAAAAGAUGUGUUGCAAACAACAGAAUCACAGUUGAAAAGCGUUAAACAAGAAACUCAACGACAACAACAGCAAAAUCAAGAUCAAACGAUUCGAAUCCAGAAGUUAAUGGCAGAAAUUGAUGCUAUGACCGAAGCUCGUAAACAAUUGGAAAAAACAGUUGGUCAACUAGAAGAUUCGCUAAAGCAUAAAGAACAAAAUGAAAAAUCAUUAUCAGCUAAAAUUAAACAAUUUGAAGAUAAAUCCGUCGGCGAACAGAAUCGAAUCAAAACGGUACAGGAAAAUUUGCGAAAAAGUCGAGAUCAGAUAGUCGAACUGGAAGAGAAACUUCAAGCCAGAAAUGUUUGUGAACAAGAACUCCGCACCGAAGUUAUCCUAUUGGAAGAGAAACUAAAAUCCAGUGUUAAAAAUGAACGAGAAUUGAAGGAAGAUGUUAAAUUGAACGAAGAAUUGAAUCAAUCACUUAAAGAAGAAUUGCAUAAAGAAAAAUGUCAAAUGAAAGAAUUGAAAAUGACUAUGGAUUCCAUGCGUGCUAAGCACGAAGAAACGAUCGAAUCAUUGUAUAAACAAUUAGAGAUACGAGAAUCACAAUUGGACGAAAGUCUCAUGAAUGCCACCACCCAGCAAAAUUCCACCAACCAGGAGCUAAUCAAAUCGCGUAAUGAAUUGAGUAAAUUACGUGCGCAAAUCGAACAGCUUACCAAUGUCAAUGAUAAUUUGGAGAAAACAUUGAAAACACUGCAAGAUAGCAGUGGGGAACAAGUGGCCAAAUUGACCAAACAAUUCGAAAAUCAAAUCGAGACACUGCAAACAACAUUGGAAGAGAAGAAACAGGAAUUGGCCGAAAAAAUGGAGCAAUUCGAUACGAUCGAAAAUCGAUUAUUAAAUGAACAUAAAAAUUCAAUAACAUCAUUGCAGAAUGAAAUUAACGAAAAGAAUACAGCACUGGAAGAAGUUCAUGAAUACUACCAACAAAGAUUAAAAUCAAAGGAUAAUGAAUUGAAGCACUUACACGAACAAUUGACCGGUACCGAUAGAAACAACUAUCAGAUCAAUGCAUUGCAAAAUUCCAUUCUUCAAUAUCAUGAAGAGAAUUUACGUCUGAAAGAAUUGGUCAAUAUGCAACAGCAAGAACAACAACGAAGCAACAAUCUAAAUAGCAAUCAUUACAAUUCAUCGAAAAACAGCAAUGAUAAUGAUUCUGAUAUGGAAAAUUGUGCCAUACUGGGUGUUCACCUUCCACAACCGACCGAAUAUGAAUAUCUUCGAAAUAUUUUAUUCGAAUUCAUGAUUGGACGUGAACCGGUGACGCUGGCUAAGGUAAUUGCCGCCGUGAUGCGUUUCAAUCAUGAUCAGACACAACAAAUAAUCCGGAGACAAGAAUCGAUACAUUCAUCAUCCUCUUCAACAGCAUCAACCAAUUCGACAUCCUCAUCGAUAUCAUCAUCAUCAUCGUUGUUGUCUGGUCUAAAUCAUCAUCAUCAUCAAUAUUCGGGCCGAAUGUCGAAAUGAAAAUUAUUGUGAUUCACUUUCCUCACCUUAUCAUCAUCAC